AUGGGGAAGGGCUGCUUUCCUGUCGGUAUUUAUUCUUCAAGAUGGGGAAUUCCCUCGUCACAUUUCUUUCCUCCCACUCACCCGAAUCCGAAGUACACUGGCAAAAUAAACCCACUAGACGAACAACUGCGAAUAUGGAGAGCCAUCAGGAGGUUCCCAAAGGUGGCAGCCUACUGUCUCGUCAUGAACAUCGCCGUCGUCGGUCUCGGCUAUACACUCGUCAUCAACGCCGCCAUUCUCGGCAACAACGCAUUCAUGCAGGACUUUGGCACAAAAUACAAGGGAAAGUGGAUUAUUCCUCAGCCAUACACAUCUCUCUGGACUGCCUUUGUUCCCAUCGGUGGAGUCAUUGGUGCUCUUCUUGGAGGAUGGCUGCAGGGCCGUCUUGGACGAAAGUUCACCUUCAUGACUGGCAGCCUCUUUUACGCAGUCGGGGCGUCAGUUGUGUUCAGCUCUUCAUUACCCGAGGCUCGAGAUAUGAAGAGAAUCAUCUUGACUGUCGGAGUCGGCGUUCAGAGCCUUGCUGUCGCUCUGCUUCAGACAGUAACAAACACAUACCUCUCAGAAGUCACGCCUAUUUCGCUACGAGGACCUGCAAUGGCCAUGAUUCCAACCUUUACGUUGCUUGGCCAACUUCUCGGAUCAAUGGUGGUGUUUCUAGUGGGAGACAUCAAGGGAAGCAGGGCGUAUCAAAUUCCCUUUGGUUCCCAGUGGAUCUUCGCCGCCAUCGCCUUUCUCCUCUCCCUCAUCAUUCCCGAAAGUCCAAUUCAUCAUCUACGAAAGGGAAAGCACGACAAGGCUAUACGAGCCGCGAGACGACUGUACGCUCCCAAGGUCCCCGAACAUACCGCACUUAAGGUGUUCCACGUCAUCCUCGCAGAAGAAGCCGCCCUUGGCAAGGCUACUUACAUCGCGUGUUUCCGAGGAGUCAACCGUCGUCGAACUCUAAUUGUGCUCCUUGCCAGUGCCAUACCGGCCAUGUUUGGUCUGGAUCUCCUAUCAAACACACCAUAUUUUCUGAAUACUAUUGGCAUUGAAGAGCCUACCAACAUGCUUUUCCUGAUCGGAGGAAUCGUUGCCGGAAUGCUGGCUAAUGCUGCUGGUAUCUUUGUUCUGUCACGCCGAGGCAUGCGUAUCAUGACACUCGUGACCAUGAGUCUGGCCGCUAUCUUCUGGGCUGUGAUGGGUGUGUCUGGCUUUUGGGGCGGAGACAUCCCGGCGUAUGUUGCUGCCGGUGUCUUGAUGUCCGUCAUCAUCGUGUGCGGCCUCGGUGCCUGGCCAGCCAGUUACGCUUACAUUGGACAAACCAGUUCAAUGCAAGUUCGAGCUUUGACUCAGGGUCUGGUUGGAGUAGCGUCUCAGGGCUUAUCUGCCAUCAUGAACGCGAUACUUCCGAUUUUAUACAACCCAGACUCGGGCAACAUGGGCGGCAAGCUUGGGUUUGUGUACACGGGACUUUGCCUGAUUGCUGUGGCCCUAGCAUGGCUAUUCUUGCCCGAGCUGAAGGGGCGAAGUGUGGUUGAGGUUGAUAGGAUGUUUGAGAUGAGGCUGUCGACGAGGAACUUUGCGAAAUUCAAGCUUGACACCUACGAGCCACGAAGGAGAGAAGCUGUUUGA